GUGGGCUGGGUCGCCCCUCCCCUCCUCCCUGGGCCUCCCGCUGCAGCCCGGAUAUCAAAGGCUGCAUUGUGCUUGCAGCCGGGCUUGGUCCCUCGUGUGCCUGGAGGAGGCGGGAGGAGGGACACCGUUGGGAGGCCGUCCCCUCCCAGUGCUCUUCUGGCUGGCGUUCCCGGGGGGCCUCAGCCCGGGGAGGAUGGUGCACACAUGGGAGGCUGCUUCUGUAUCCCUGGGGAGCGGAGUCUGUCCUGGGGCCCAGGUAAAGAAACUCCUUCCAAGGAUCCAGCCACAUCAAGUGAGUUUAUAUCCUCACUGGAAUACAGGGAAAAAUGUUUCCUGCCACAGAACAUGACACCAGAUCUCACGCUCUCCUUCUGUGUGAAGAGCCGCUCCAGGAGGUGUGUAAAUGGUCCUCUGCAGGAAGCUGCCAGGAGGAGGCUCUGGGCGCUGGAGAAUGAGAACCAGGUGGUGCGGGCACUGUUUAAGGACCUCUCUGCAAGGUUGGUGAGUAUCCAGUCCCAGAAGGCCCAGUUCCUCGUCAGCUUCAAGACCAUGGAGGAAAUCUGGAAGUUCAGCACCUACCUGAAUUUAGGUUAUGUAUCCACUUGUCUGGAGCAUCUCCUAUUUGACCACAAGUACUGGCUUAACUGCAGAUUGGUGGAGGAUACAGAGAUUCAAGUCUCAGUAGAUGAUAAACACCUGGAAACGAUAUACCUGGGACUUCUGGUACAGGAAGGCCACUUCUUCUGCAGAGCCAUGUGCUCUGUGGCUCAGCCAGCUGAGAAAGAAGGGGAGUGUUUGACAUUUUGCAAGAAUGAGUUAAUCUCCGUGAAGAUCACUGAAGGAGAGCCCGAGUGGGAGGGUGUGUCUUUGGUGACCGGCCAGCGGGGCCUGGUGCCCGUGUCAGCCCUGGAGCCCCUGCCACUCCCUUUCCACCAAUGGUUCCUAAAGAAUUAUCCAGGAAGCUGUGGCCUUCCCAGGAAGAGGGCUUGGACAGGCCCCUAUCAGAUCGGCAGAGGAAAGUGUAAGGCCUUGAAGGAUUAUGAAAGGGAAGAAAAGGAUGAAUUGAGUUUCCACCAGGGAGAAAGCAUCGAGAUCAUCGGCUUUGUUAUACCUGGGCUUCAGUGGUUCCUUGGGAAGUCGAUGACCUCAGGAGAAGUGGGCUUUGUGCCCACCAGGAACAUAGAUCCUGAUUCUUAUUCUCCAAUGAGCAAGAACUCUGCCUUUUUCAGCGAUGAGGAAAGAUGCUCUCUGCAGGUCCUGGGAAGUGAGACGAAAGCAGAGUCUGUCAGCUUUGUCCACACGCUUGCUCAUACUGACAUAACAUAUGUCUACCGGCUUAGUGGAUUUGAAUCCAUCCAGAAUCUUCCAAAGGAGCUGAAUGCACCCCAGCCCGAAGGCUUCAAGGAGGCCAGGCAUGGUGGGACCUGGGAGGAGCAUCAGGCCGUGGGCUCCAGACAGUCCACCAGCUCCGAGGGCUCCAGCCUGGAGGAGGAGCUCCUCUCAGCUGCCUCAGACAGCUAUCACCUGCCGGAGCCUGAUGACCUCGAUGACCCAGAACUGUUCAUGGACCUAAACACUGGUCAGGAGGAUGAGGAGGCUGAGAACUUUGCCACCAUAUUGGCUUUUCUGGAUCAUGAGGGUUACACCGACCACUUUAAGAGCCUCUAUGAUUUCUCCUUCUCUUUUCUCACUUCUUCCUUUUACAGCUUUUCUGAGGAAGAUGAGCUUGUGGCCUACCUGGAGGCCUCAAGGAAGUGGGCCAAGCGGAGCCACAUGACUUGGGCCCAUGUCCGGCUCUGCUUCCUCCUGGGCCGGCUGAGUGUCAGGAAGGUCAAACUCUCUCAGGCCAGGGUGUACUUUGAGGAGGCCAUCCACAUUCUCAAUGGAGCAUUUGAGGACCUGCCCUUGGCAGCUUCUCUGUACACCAACUUGGCUGCCAUCUACCUGAGGCAGAGGCUGAGGCCCAAAAGCUCCACCCUGCUGGAAAAGGCAGGCACCCUGUUGGCCUGCAUGCCUGACCGCGAGUCCAGCACCAAGAACGAGCUAGAUGUGGUGGCCUACGUGCUGCGCCAGGGCAUUGUGGUGGGCAGUGGCCCCCUGGAGGCCAGAGCCUGCUUUCUGGCCAUCCGAUUGCUCCUAAGUCUGGGCCGGCAUGAGGAGGUCCUGCCCUUUGCCGAGCGACUACAGCUCCUCUCUGGACAUGCUCCCGCGUCAGAUGCUGUGACCACUAUCUUGAGUUUUCUGUACGAUAAGAAAUAUCUCCCACACCUUGUAGUGGCCUCUGUCCAGCAAUGUGGUACCCAGAGUGCCCCAGGGAUGUCUUUUCCCAUUUGGCAGGUCCACCUGGUCCUCCAGAACACUGCCAAGCUCCUUGGCGUUCCCUCCCCAAGCUGGGAGGAAGUUUCCGCCCUGGCCUGUCCAACACUCAGGCAGGCGCUAGCUGCCUGUGAGGAACAGGCAGACUGGAGCACCCAGAGGGUCUUGUGUCUCAUCCUGUCCAAAAUGUACCUCCAGCAUAGGUCUCCUGAUGGUGCCAUCUACUACCUGAGCCAAGCCUUGGUGCUAGGGCAGCUGCUGAGUGAGCAGGAAGCCUUUGAGUCUUCUCUCUGCCUGGCCUGGGCCUACCUCUUAGCCAGCCAGGCGAAGAAGGCUUUGGACAUCCUUGAGCCACUGUUAUGCUCCCUGAAGGAGAUAGAGAGUAUCACCCAAAAGGGAGUAGUCCAUAACCUCCUGGGGCUUGCACUUCAAGGUGAAGGCUGGGUGAACAGGGCAGCCAAGAGCUACCUCUGGGCCCUGAACAGAGCUCGUGAGAUGGGGGAUGUGCGUAACCAGGCGGUGACUAUGGCCAAUCUCGGUCACCUGACCCUUAGGUCCCGGGCUCAGCAGCCAGCCCGGGACUAUCUCCUGCAGGCUGUCCAUCUCUAUGCCGAACUGCAGGCCAGCAAGGAGACAGACAUGGAAUUAGUGCAGGUGCUUCUCUGGUUGGCCCAAGUCCAAGUGUGUGGACGCCAGCUGGCCAAUGGCCGCCUUUGUUAUGAGAUGGCGUUGCUGUUUGGCUUAAGGCAUCGACACCUAAAGAGUCAGCUUGAGGUUACCAAAUCCCUCUGCCAUUUCUACAGCUCUGUGUCCCCAAACCCUGAGGCAUGCAUCACUUACCAUGAACACUGGCUGGCCCUAGCUCAGCAACUCAGGGACCGGGAGAUGGAGGGGAGACUGCUGGAGUCCCUCGGGCAGCUCUAUCGAAACCUAAACACGGCCAGGUCCCUCAGGAGAUCCCUCACUUGCAUCAAGGAGAGCCUGCGCAUCUUCAUAGACCUGGGGGAGAGAGACAAGGCGGCCGAGGCCUGGCUCAGGGCCGGGCGACUCCACUACCUCCUGAAGGAAGACGAGCUGGUGGAGCUGUACCUGCAGGCAGGCAUCCAGACAGCCUUGAAGUCAGAGGAGCCCUCCCUGGCUCUCAAGCUCUAUGAAGAAGCCGGAGAUGUCUUCUUCAACGGGACCCGCAGCAGGCAUCGUGCGAUGGAGUAUUACCGCGCUGGGGCAGUUCCUUUGGCGAGGAGGUUGAAAGUGGUCAGAACCGAGCUCCGGAUUUUCAACAAGCUGACGGAGCUGCAGAUGAGCCUCGAAGGCUAUGACAAGGCUCUGGAAUUUGCCACCCUGGCUGCCAGACUCAGCAUGGUUGCAGGAGAUCAGAGGCAGGAGCUGGUGGCCUUUCACCGCCUGGCCACAGUGUACUAUUCCUUGCACAUGUACGAGAUGGCUGAGGACUGCUACCUGAAGACAUUGUCCCUCUGUCCGCUCUGGCUGCAGAGCCCCAAGGAGGCCCUGUACUAUGCCAGGGUGUACUAUCGCCUGGGCCGACUCACCUACUACCAGCUAAAUGAUGCCCACGAUGCCACUGAAUACUUCCUGCUGGCCCUGGCAGCAGCGGUCCUGCUGGGUGAUGAGGAGCUGCAGGACGCCAUUAGGAGCAGGCUGAACCACAUCCGCCGGAGCCCUCUGUGGCACAGCAGCCCCUCCGGGCUCUCCUCGGAGAGGGCGCGGUGGCUGAGUGGCGGGGGCCUGGCCCUCUGAGGACAGCUGUCCCGCCCAACCAUCAGGUGACAUGACCACAAGUUGCCUUCCUGCCGUAGACUCACAGGCCCUAAUCCUGGAGGGUCUGAGCCGUCACCUGGCCCAGUCGCCCCAUUUUACAGAUGGGGAGAGCAAGGUGCAGAGGGAGAGGGGCUCAUUCUGGGUCACCCAGGGAGUUAAUGAUGGAGCAGAGGUGAGCAGUCCUGGCUCCAGGCUUGGCAUCGAGAGCCUUUUGCAGUUGACUGUGUUGCUUCCACAAAUAUUGCCUCUGAAAUUUCUCAGCACGUGAUUCUCCUGGAGAAAAUGAGAAACCCUGCCCACCCUGCCGGGAAACCUUAUGGCCUUCCCCCAAAUGAGGAAAUAAGGCGCCGCACUGGUGAGAAGGCAAGCAGUUUGGAGUUUGUUUCCUUCACUGACUUUUCUCAGUGAAAGACACCUCCCUUUGCCAGCAGAGAAACCGGUGGUUUCUUCUCUCUUCAGCUAGAACUGGAGGAGGUGCCAUUUCCCCUGCUCACGGGGGCUGGCAGGAGGGAAUUUGCCUCCCAGGGUUUGAGGUCUGCAGAUAUUAACUUCCUCCAUCCUGCCCCCAAGGCUAAGCUCCCGCACAACUUCCCGGAAACCCCGAGGAAGCUUUCCCUGGGCCAAGGCUUGAAAAUAGAGCAUUAAGAAAAUUAUGAUAUAAAUGACAUGCAAAUAUUGUGUAUUAUUAAAUAUUUACAUUUAUACACACAUUUUGUCUCCUUUAUAAUAGGGGCAGAUCAGAUGGGACUUGAAUGAUGGGUUAAAUACCCAAGUGUCUUAGUGAUUUCAGGAUAAUCUCUCACAAACUGUUUAUAUUAUUAGUUAUCUAUCACUACAUGACAAAUCAUUGCCCAAAUCAGUAGCUUGAAACAACAAAAUUUAUUAUCUCAGAGUUGAGAGAGAAAGAGAGAGAGAGAAAGAGAGCAAGAGGGAGUCCUUUAUAGCCUGAUCUCAGAAGUGAAAUCCCAUGUCUUUUGCCAAUAUUCUAUCUCUUAGCAGUGAGCACUAGGUCCAGCGAACCCAAAAGGGGAGGAGAUUAUCAAGGUGACUACCUGCAGGUCAGGAAUCCAUGUUUGGACCAUUUCAGAAGCUGCUUGCCACAACAUCUUAGUUCUUUGAUAACGGAAUUAGGAAUUCUCUAAGGAAAUUGCACUCAAUGUAGGGUCCACUGAUUGGCAGCUUCUGCAUCACUGUGAGCAUAUUUAAAAGGCAAAUUCUAGGGCCCCACCUAAGAUCUAAUGAGGCAAAAUCUCUGGAGCCCAGGAACCUGAGCUUUAACAUGUUCUCCUGGUGAUUCUCAUGCACACCAAAAUAUGAACACGUUGCUCUAGGGCCUUGGUUCUGAGAUGAUAUGCAUAAGAUCUACCUGGGGAUCCUGUUGCAAUGAAACAUUCUGGUUCCUACCCCUAACCAAAUUCUGAUUCAGUAGGAACAGAACUCAGGAACAUGGUCUGUUCCCAUACGUAUGUAGGUGGUCUUCAGGCCAUACUUUGAGAUACGCAGCUCCCAGAAUUAGUUUUAAAUCACAUGCUCUGAAAUAGGUGAGUAAAGGAGAAUAUCUGGCCAUGAGGCUUUCUUCCUGAUGCCCCAUCAGCCUGGGUUUUAUUGCCAAACCACUUGAUCAGACGGUCGUCAUUGGUAGGGUGGGUCAGGGGUGCUGAGUUGAGCCACUAUUGCAUCUUCCAGUCAGCAAGGCUGUCUACACAUCAGUGCAUCUUAUUUUCUCUCAAGGGCCUGGUUGGUUGUCAAAACACUCCUUCCUCUAGAAAGUAUUCUGCCCCAAAAGGAGACGAAAUGACCUAGCCCACCACCACUUAAAAUAGAUGUGGUUUUGCUGCUCCCACAAACCAUAAAAUCCCUGAGCUGGGAGGGAUGUGGUGGAUGAGGCCAUCCAGUCUAACUGUCCAUGCAGUUCUUUCAACAACAUUCCUAGGAGAUGGUUGGGGGCAAAUGCGUUCCAGAAUAGUUACACAUCUUAUAUUUGAAGAAGGAUCGCUUGGCCCAGUAAGCCAUGUCGUGAACCACUCCUUAUUUGACAUGGUUUACAGACUCUCUCCCUUUUCUCAUAACCUGUUUCUCUAUUACAGCCAAAUUCACAUUUGUUUCUGUCCCUCUUAAAGUAUUGGCUGGUGGGUAAAGUGUACUGAGGGAUGUUAGUGUAUUUCUCUUAAUACUAUUUUAUAUUGUACUUUGAUGUUGAAUUGAGGUUUUUCUUUUCCCCAGCAGUCAUGUCUUAUCGUUGGCUCACGUUGAGCUUAUGAUCAAUUGAAACCUCUACAUUUUACACGAACUUCUGUUUGGUCAGAUCUUAAAUUGCUACAGAUAUUUAUUUCUAUAGAUUUAUAUGUAAAUAAUCUUAAAUGUAAUCUCUUCAUUUUACAUUUCUUUGUGGCUUUUGGUUAGAAUUUUCUGAUCCUGUGUGCUUUGGUUCACCUGUAAAUCUGGUAAAUUUGUCUGUCACCAGGAUGGUUAUAAAAAUGUUCAGUAUAUUUCCAAGGACAAGGGUAGAUCUUGCAUUUUUUAAAAAAAAACACUAUAUCAUUGCAAUUACUCCAUCCUAUGUACAAGU